GUUCCAGUUUUCAGAACAUUUGGAUUCCUUUAAGUUUAAAGGGGCGACUCUGGUUGGAUUUGCUAAUUGACACGUCGUUGGCUGGCACCUUUAUUUUGGCGAACACCUCUUUAAGAUGUCCAGUUCCAAGGAAAAGGCAAAGAAAGAGAGGAGCCCCAAGGCGCCAAGCCAUGGCAGUGUCAUGGUGGGAGUUUCAUUUGAUGAUGGCAUUAUCUUGGCCGUCAAUUCAGUGAACAAUCUGAUUUACUAUUUGGAUGAUCAAAUCUACUGCUGCGCAAAUAGCGCCGGAUACGAUCGCGAAAUGUUGGUAGAUGCGUCCAGCAAGCUGGAAAGUUCGCGCGCGAGUAAUUCGCGCAUUUUGGUGUCUCAAGUGGUGGAACUGAUUUCAAGGCUGUCCGACAAGGCCAACCCCACGGAGCUGCUUCUGGCUGGCGAGGAUGUGACAGGCCUGUACCUAGUAACAAUGGCAGCCUCACAGCCCAUUUCGCUGGUAAAUUUUGCGGCAAUGGGCGACGGAGCUACUGGGCAGACUGGACCCGCCGAAUAUCUGAAAAACCACUGGCAACCGGCCAUGAGCCUUAAGCAGGCGGAAGCUCUGGCCCGCCAUACUGUGACCUUGGGUGGUGGGCAAAGAUUGUGCGCCGAUGUGUGCAUCGUAUUCAAGCGACCGCCAGCUCCACUCCGAAUGGAGCGCCUAACCUCUCUGAGGUACCAUAAUCAAAAGAAGAGAUAAUUUAGCUAUCCAUUCGGUUUGACUGAUUUGCUGUUAAUUCUUAAAUGUUUAUCUUGCAGCAUAAAUAAAUGAAUCGCUGAUGCUCAG